GACACUGGUGAUCCUUACUGAGUGUCUCCUGGUCGUGACAAGGAGGGCUUGAGAAGAAAGAAGUCUGCCAAGGCCUGAAACUUCAAGCCAUCAACAACCCCAAAUGGCUUCCCAAGAAGUUGAUAAUGCACAGCUGGGGACAGCUUCAGCAGGUAUUACCCCAGGAAGCCAGGUGAAACCAGAGAUGGUGAAUAAUUCUGUCUACCAGCCCAUUGAUAGAUCACAAAAUUACCAGAAAGAAGAAUUUCAAGUCCUUGGGGCCGUCCAGAUCCUGACUGGAGCAAUACUUCUGGCUAUUGGUGUUGUUCUGGGUUCCAUACUGUCCACAGCCCAUUCCUUCAGGAGCUUUUUCUUUACCUUCUACACAGGCUAUCCGCUGUGGGGCGCUCUAUUUUUUGUUGUUUCAGGAUCCUUAUCUGUUGCAGCUGGGAGAAAACCCACAAGAAAUUUGAUGCAAAACAGUUUUGAGAUGAAUAUUGCCAGUGCUACAAUCGCUCUAGUUGGGUUUAUUUUUCUCAUAAUAAGUUUAGUAGUUAAUAAGCUGUCAAUCAAGAUGUGUCCAUCUUCACAGCCACCAGACUUAUGUAUUUACAUGGGCGCCACAGCAAACGGCUUUCUGUCUCUAAUGCUGAUCCUUUCCUUGCUGGAAUUGUGCAUAACCACCUUUAGCUCAAUCAUGUGGUGCAAAGAAAAUUGCUGUGUUUCUAGAGAGGCAAUUUCCUCACCUCCCAAUUCUGUGGAAUAAGGAAUACCUCCUGAUGGAAGUAAAUCUGAGAGCAAGG